AUGACGCGCUGGUGUAGGGGUGCAGGAUAUCAGUCCCUAUUGAACAAUAUGGUUUGCAUCGGAAUUGAACACGUUCAUCAGAAAAUCUGCGCGCUGCGCGCGGAAAUAUCGGCGCCGUUUUGGAAUUUUUUGUCUGCAUACCACUUUAUCACUCCAUUCUGCUGUCGAGGAAUUCUGGUUCGUCAGCUUGGCAGACUUUUCCCUUUAUGCUUAGAUCUGAAGCCGUUUUGCAAAUUUUUGCUAUUUUUAAUUAAUUUCGUUUCUUCUGUUUUGUGA